AACCGCACCUCGAAGCAUGAACAACAAGAAUACUUUACGUUUCUUUUGGCUGACAAAAAGAAUACUUUUCUUGUAUUUAGGUUAAUCAUUAGAUGAAAUUUAGGUGCUUUGUGUGGACGGGGAGGGGGAAUUGGACAAUUUUAUACAAAGCUUUGGCACAACUUUGUCCAUGUGAAUCUGAUAAUUUUUAUGCCAGGGGCGCUGCUAUAGAUAUAUAAUGGAAAGCAUUUCUAGCAUUCCAUCACACAUGAAAGCUUGGAUCUAUCAUGAAUAUGGGAACAUAGAAGAGACUCUCAAAUUUGAAUCCAACAUACCUAUACCACACAUAAAGGAAAACCAAGUCCUAAUCAAGGUUGUGGCUGCAGGCCUUAAUCCUGCAGAUUAUAAGAGGGCUCUUGGGUAUUUGAAGGACAUUGACCCUCCCUUACCUAUUGUUCCAGGUUUAGAUGCUGCUGGUGUGGUGGUAAGAGUGGGAAGUGGAGUGAGGAAAUUCAAGGUUGGGGAUGAAGUUUAUGGUGAUAUAAUUGACUUCGCUGUGAAUAAUCCAAAUUUCAUUGGAUCUUUGGCUGAGUAUGCUGCUGCAGAAGAGAAACUAUUGGCUCUCAAACCCUCCAAUUUGAGUUUUGUGGAAGCUGCUAGUCUUCCUGUAGCCAUCCUCACUGCUUAUCAAGCACUUGAAAGAGUUGAGCUUUCUGCUGGUCAAUCUAUACUUGUUCUAGGAGGUGCUGGUGGAGUUGGUACCCUUGUUAUUCAGUUUGCCAAGCAUGUUUUUGGUGCUUCUAAGGUUGCAGCCACUGCUAGUACUCCGAAACUGGAUUUAUUGAGGAGCUUAGGAGCAGACUUGCCUAUUGACUAUACAAAGGAGAAUUUUGAAGAACUGGCUGAAAAGUUUGAUGUAGUGUAUGAUGCACUAGGUGAAAAUGAGAAGGCAUUGAAGGCUAUCAAAGAAGGGGGCAAAGUUGUGUCAAUAGUACAACCUGUGACUCCACCUGCUAUCCCGUUUAGGGCCACUUCUGAUGGUGCUGUGUUGGAGAAAUUACAGGCUCACUUAGAGAGUGGGAAGGUGAAGCCAAUAUUGGAUCCUAAGACUCCUUUUCCAUUUUCUCAGACUCUGGAAGCAUUUGCAUACUUGAAGACAAACAGAGCCGUUGGAAAAGUUGUCAUACAUCCCAUCCAUAAACAUACAUAAACAUGCAUAUAUACCAAGUUCUGUUGUGCAUUCUGACCUUAAUUUGUGUUAAUAUGGCUAAUAUUAGUAUAUAAAUUUGUGUUAAUAAGGCUAAUAUUAGUAUAUGAAUCAUUAGGAGAAAGCACAACUAGCAUUUUGUAUGUUCCAAUAUAGUGUCAAUUAAUGCUUGUUAAGAGAGUGGUCGAUUGGUAACAAAUAAAUCUCGUAUAUAUAAAUUUGUUCGAGACAAUUUCACGUU